AUGGCUGUCUCCGCGCCUCCCGUCAUCCCCGCAACUUCCAGCGGCGGCGCGGGGGGUUCGGCGGGCUUGUUCCGGGCGGACCCGCUUUACUCCAGCCCCGCGGAGUCCCCGCGUCUCACCAAUAGCCUCGUUAACAGUUUCCUCUCCGCCGGCAGCGGCGGGGCCGGCGCGGGAGGCGGCGGCAGCGGGGGCGGCGGCGGCAACGAGUGUAAGAUGGUCGACCUGCACGGGGUGAAGGUGGCCUCGUUCCUCGUGGAGGGACAGGAGCUGAUCUGCCUGCCGCAGGUCUUUGAUCUCUUCCUCAAGCACCUGGUGGGAGGGCUGCACACGGUCUACACCAAGCUGAAGCGGCUGGAUAUAUCGCCCGUGGUCUGCACGGUGGAGCAGGUCCGCAUCCUGAGGGGGCUGGGGGCCAUCCAGCCCGGCGUCAACCGCUGCAAGCUCAUCACCAGGAAAGACUUCGAAACUUUGUACAACGACUGCACCAACGCGAGGAAAAAAAGAGAAAUGAAUCUGUUAGGGGCUCUACAUCACUCACGACCAGGAAGGCCCCCAAAGCGCUCCCUGGGAGUCGCCAUACAAGAAAAUGCACGGCUCCUGCCCCAUGGAGUUCCAGGCCUCUUAUCACCAGGACUUAUCUCUCCAACAGGUCUGACAGCAGCUGCCAUGGCAGAGGCUAUGAAGUUACAAAAAAUGAAACUUAUGGCAAUGAACAGCCUUCAUGGGAGUGGAAGUCAAAAUGGAACAGAAUCAGAAAAUGAAGAGCUCAAUUCUAAUGCAGGUGGGAGUGAAUCCUCCUGGGAUAAAGAGAAGCUUCAGUCUCCCAUUACAACAGGAUCUCAGCACAGCAUUGCUCAUCCCACCCUGUCAGGGCAGUCAAGCCUUGGAAGUGCUCACCCACUCAGUCCUCUCCAGCAGAAUCACCUGCUCACCAACAGGAUAGACCUGCCCUUUAUGAUGAUGCCCCAUCCUCUGCUUCCCGUCAGCCUACCUCCCGCCUCGGUUGCCAUGGCCAUGAACCAGAUGAACCACCUCAACACCAUUGCCAACAUGGCAGCAGCAGCCCAGAUGCACAGCCCACUUUCCAGGGCAGGGGCCUCUGUUAUAAAGGAAAGGAUCCAGGACAGUCCCUCUCCAGCUCCAUCUCUGGAGGACACUCAGCGUCCUGGCAGCCACGCAUCCUCCCACCAGAGCAGCAGCAUCUCCAGCUCCCCCUCCCAGUUGGACAACACACCAGACAGAAUUGAAGAGGUCCAAAUUGCCAUUCCAAUAAUGAAACCAACCUUAGAUAAAGUCCAACUGGCUGGACAGGCCUUGCCUCCUGGAUUCCCGGCGCCGUUUCUUUUUGCUGAUGGUCUCUCAUCAGUAGAAACACUAUUAACCAACAUUCAGGGCCUACUGAAAGUGGCUGUGGACAACGCGAGAGUCCAGGAAAAGCAGAUACAGCAGGAAAAGAAAGAGUUAAAGAUGGAGCUUUGUAGAGAAAGAGAACUGAGAGAGAGCUUGGAAAGGCAACUCACAGCUGAGCUGCAAAGCAGAGCAACAAUUCAGAAACGCUUGAAGAAAGAAAAAAAGGCAAAGAGAAAAUUGCAGGAAGCUUUGGAAUUUGAAUCAAAGAGAAGAGAACAAGUGGAACAGGCACUUAAACAGGCCACAUCAGGUGACGGUCUCAGGAUGUUAAAUGAUGCUGGAAUCCCAGACAUGGAACUAGAACACAACGGGACCCAACAUGACAGUGCAGCAAUGCAAGGAGGUAGCUAUUACUGGAUAGCAAUGGCACAAUGAUUUUAAGCCACAAAGGUCCUCACUGGCUGUACAUCAUACAAGUCCAGUUUAUCACUGAAACUGUUCAACAUGGAGCUGUUUCGAUUGUGUUUAUAAAUUAAGCUUUGUUUACUGAAGCAGAUACUCGAUAUA